CGCGCGAAGCGAUGCACGCGUCCACGUCGACCGCAUCGAUCGCGUCCGCGCGCGCGCGCGGCGCCACCGCGUCCCGCGGGAUCUGUGCGUCGAGAGGUGCUGAAGAAGUCCGAUCGCGCGAAGCUCGAUCCGAGCUCGGACGCCGCGUUCUACGCCCAGCCGCGCUUCGUGACGCACGUCGACGACGAUUUCAUCAGCAAAGUGACCGAGUUGUACAGAAGACGAGUCCCGCGAGGAGCCGCGGUGCUCGACCUGUGCUCGAGCUGGGUGUCGCAUCUACCGCGCGAGGUGGAAUACGAAAAGGUGUGGGGCCACGGGAUGAACGCGACGGAGCUCGGGAGGAACGAGAGGUUGGAUGGGUUCUUCGUGCGGGACUUUAACGAGACGCCGAAAAUCGACGCGAAGGAUUGCAGCUUCGACGCGGUGACGAUGUGCGUGAGCGUGCAGUACUUGCAACGACCCGAGGAGGUGUUCGCGGAGAUCUUUCGGGUGUUAAAACCGGGCGGUGUGUGCAUCAUCACGUUUUCGAAUCGAUUGUUUUAUAGCAAAGCCGUGCAAGCGUGGAGAGACGCGAGCGGUUACUCGCGAACGCAGCUCGUGAAGCAAUACUUUUCAUCCGUCGCCGGAUUCACGGCGCCGGAAGUGAUCACCGAUUUAGACGACAUCGUCGACGACUCUCUGUUCUCCAAGUUUCGUCGGUUCUUUCAACGCUCGCAGAGCGACCCAUUUUACGCCGUCGUGGCGUAUCGCAACUUCAAACCCGUCUACGAAGACGACUGCGUUCGCAUGACGGACGAGGGCGAGUGCCUCACGGACAAGUCUUUCGAUUCUAUCGAUUAA